GCAGUAGGGGCCGGGUCCUCUGCUGGCAUUUCUUUACGCGUGCGACGUGUCUUCAGCAGGGUCAGAGGGUGAGGAAGAAAACAGAAAGGGGCUGGACGACGUGUGGCGGCGGCGACGGCGACGGCGGCGGCAGCGAGCGCCUGGCUUGCCCCCACCGGCGUCCUUCUCUCUCCGUCCCCUGCUGCCUUGUUCAAACUGAGCGCAGGGAGGAUGACUUGGCAUUGAAUCCCGCUCCGGCUUGCUCCACGACUCCGGGUCUUGGCACAGCCCAAUCUGCCGUCCUUCUCCGUGCAGGGAGGGCGAGAGGAGGGCCUGGGAGUCGUCGAGGGGAGGGCGGGAAUACACAGCCAGUGCGGAGGGGAGGGAAGAGGAAGACACCCCUCAAGCCGCUGGCAGCGGGAGGAGCGGCUUCUCGAGUGCCCUUCGCCUGCAAGGAGGAAGAGCCGACGCCGCCACAUGCUUCUCUUCGGAGGAGGAGCCGCUUUCCAUGCUCCUCCAUCCAUCUCGAGCGCCUGCAUCUUCUUGCUGCAGCGCCCCGAGCUUGCCCCUCACCGCCUUCUCGCUCAGCCCAGGGGACGCAUUUGCCUCCAGCAUAAAGACUGACUGCCCUCUUCUCUGGUUGUUACAUUGUGGUAAAUGGAGCCAAUAAGAAUCCUUUUCUAAGGUCUAGUUUGGAUGCCUUUUGAAUUCAUCUUGUGUACACCUUUUGUGUAAGGGACAGACUGAAAUGAAAUAAUGCUGAAAAUCAUUUGGCUCCCUCUUUGUAUGGAAAGCUGAAAGGAGAUUAAUGUGGUCUUAACUCUCAAAGGAGAUCAUCUGAAUCUAGCUGCAGUAAUGAGUUCAGAAGAGAAAGGAAUCUCUCCUGCUCACAAAACCUCUACACCAUCUCAUAAAAGUUCCUCUUCUUCAUCAUCUUCCCAGCGGGAUAGUCGGCAGAGUGUCCAUGUGUUAGAGCGGAAUAUUUCUUCUGGAAGCACAGAUCCAGUAAUUGGCAAACAGUUGCUAGAAAAUGAACCAGUAACUAUAUCUAAAGAGCCAGACAGCUGGGAAAUUAUAGAAGGCCUGAAGAUUGGCCAGACUAAUGUUCUGAAGCCAGACAAACAUGAAGGAUUCAUGCUGAAGAAGAGGAAAUGGCCUUUAAAAGGCUGGCACAAGCGCUUUUUUGUCCUGGAUAACGGAAUGUUGAAAUAUUCGAAGUCACCAAUUGAUACUCAGAAAGGAAAGGUCCAUGGGAGCAUAGAUGUUGGUUUAUCAGUUAUGUCAAUUAAAAAGAAAGCUCGUAGGAUAGACCUUGACACUGAAGAGCAUAUUUACCAUUUGAAAGUGAAAUCCCAGGACUCAUUUGAUGCUUGGGUAUCAAAGCUGCGCCACCACAGGUUAUAUCGUCAGAAUGAGAUUGUACGAUCACCACGAGAUGCUAGCUUCCACAUAUUCCCUUCAACUUCGACCACUGAGUCUUCACCAGCUGCUAAUGUUGCUGUUCUGGAGGCUAAGGUCUCACAGAACAACUUCCCAUGGCAAUCAUCUGUCUCCUGCAGUAACAGCCUUCCUGCGACGUACACCACUGGCCAAAGUAAAGUAGUUGCUUGGUUGCAAGACUCUGAGGAGAUGGACAGGUGUGCAGAAGACCUUGCGCACUGCCAGUCAAACCUUGUGGAACUCAGUAAAAUUCUUCAAAACUUAGAAAUACUUCAGAGAACUCAGUCAGCCCCAAAUUUCACGGAUAUGCAGGCUAAUUGUGUAGAUAAGAAAGACAAGCGUGUCACAAGAAGAUGGAGAACAAAAAGUGUCAGCAAAGAUGCUAAAAUACAGCUUCAGGAAGGGACAGCGCUGAAGGGCCAGUUCAGUACUCCACGGCGCCGCCAGAGACUAGCAGCAGCAGUGGCUACAACAGUUCCUUUCAGUACUACAAUGUCUCCUGUUCGCCUACAUUCAUCCAAUCCUAACCUUUAUGCAGACAUCGACUUUCAGACUCCCCCAAGCCAUGCAUCUGACCCCCUAGAAAGCUCCACAGACUACAUAAAACUCCAGGAAGAGUUUUGCCUCAUGGCACAGAAAGUACAUUCUCUUCUAAAGUCUGCCUUCAACAGCAUAGCAAUAGAGAAGGAGAAGCUGAAGCAGAUGGUGUCAGAACAUGAUUUUGCAGGACACAAUACACAGAUAACACGUCUCAGACAAUCACUUUCUCAGGCUCUCAACCAGAAUGCUGAACUAAGGAGUCGCUUGAACAGAAUACAUUCAGAGUCUGUUAUAUGUGAUCAGGUUGUCAGUGUAAAUAUUAUCCCUAGUCCUGAUGAGACAGGUGAAAAGAUCCAUGUCAGUCUCCCACUCUCCCAGCAAGUUUCUAAUGAAAGCAGGCUGUCCAUGUCUGAAUCUGUCUCUGAAUUCUUUGAUGCACAAGAGGUGCUUCUGUCUGCAAGCUCAUCAGAAAAUGAGGCUUCUGAUGAUGAAUCGUAUAUCAGUGACGUGAGUGACAACAUAUCAGAAGACAACACCAGUGUUGCAGACAACAUUUCUCGGCAAAUACUUAAUGGUGAGCUAACUGGUGGUGCCUUCAGAAAUGGACGAAGGACAUGUCUCCCAGCCCCCUGUCCUGAUACAAGUAAUAUCAACCUCUGGAACAUUUUGAGAAACAAUAUUGGGAAGGAUCUCUCCAAAGUAUCAAUGCCAGUAGAGCUAAAUGAGCCUCUGAAUACUUUGCAGCACCUUUGUGAGGAACUAGAAUACAGUGAACUCUUGGACAAGGCUGCUGAAUCUGAUGACCCCUAUGAACGCAUGGUCCUUAUUGCUGCCUUUGCAACUUCAGGAUAUGCCUCCACUUAUUACAGAGCUGGAAGCAAGCCUUUUAAUCCUGUGCUUGGUGAAACUUAUGAGUCUAUUAGGGAAGACAGAGGAUUCCGUUUUUUCUCAGAGCAGGUUAGCCACCACCCACCCAUUUCUGCCUGUCACUGUGAAUCAAAGAAUUUUGUGUUUUGGCAAGACAUCAGGUGGAAAAACAAAUUCUGGGGCAAAUCAAUGGAAAUACUGCCAAUUGGAACACUGAACGUCACACUUCCAAAGUAUGGCGAUUGCUAUGUAUGGAACAAAGUCACUACUUGUAUACAUAACAUCCUUAGUGGAAGGAGAUGGAUAGAACAUUAUGGAGAAAUAACCAUCAGAAACACAAAAAGCAGUGUCUGUAUUUGUAAACUCACAUUUAUCAAAGUGAAUUACUGGAAUUCUAAUGUAAAUGAAGUUCACGGUGUUGUCAUGGAUCAAGAAGGAAAGGUGGUGCAUCGUCUGUUUGGAAAGUGGCAUGAAGGACUGUACUGUGGAGUUGGGCCUUCAGCAAAAUGUAUAUGGAGGCCAGGCUCCAUGCCAACCAACUAUGAGCGUUAUUAUGGCUUCACAAGGUUUGCCAUUGAGCUGAAUGAGUUAGAUCCUGCACUGAAAGAUCUUCUUCCAAGAACAGAUGCACGAUUCAGGCCAGACCAAAGGCUUUUGGAAGAAGGGAAUUUAGAAGCAGCAGCAGCAGAAAAACUGAGAAUAGAAGAACUCCAGAGAAGUCGGAGACGCUACCUAGAAGAAAAUAAUAUGGAACAUGUACCAAAUUUUUUUAAAAAAGUUACCGAUGCCAAUCAAAGAGAAGCUUGGGUUUCUAAUGACAUGUAUUGGGAACUUCGAAAGGAUCCUGGCUUUAGUAAAGUAGAAACUCUCAAACUCUGGUAAACUGAGAAUGUAGAUCUAGUAACAUAUCACUCUUUAAAAACAACUAUGCACAACAUGUUUCUUAUAGCUGAGGUUGAUUUGUGGGCCUGCAGGAAACCUUUCCUUUGCUUUUAUAUUCAUCUUUAUAAAUGGACUUCCAAAAGUGCAUUAGCCCAGACCCUGAACAUUUCUGUAACAGUCAUUAAAUUAAGGGUGAAAAAAACAAUACACCCUUUAAAGAUUGAGGCAUGGAAAAUGCAGCACAAGAGAAGCAUGUACUGAGUUAGCCAAAGAUGCUUUGAAGAGUGAUGCUUAAAAUAGUCAUGGAAAGUCCCAAAACAAAACAACAUUUGUUUUAAUUGACUUGUCUAGAAUGUCUACCCAUGCUAUUAUUAAAUCUUGAGCCCCAAGACUUGUUUAUAUCUGGCAUCAGGUUAGUUUCUUGCUGUGAUGUGCUUGGACUGGCCAUGUUGAAAAAGACAUAAUGCUUUUCUGGAAGCUCUUCCCAUUCAUAUGCCAUUGUUCAUGCCUUAAAAACAAUGUGAAGUUGUACAUUAAGUCAUUUUAAAAUAUGUAUUCUUCUUAGACAUUUGUCAAGGGCAGAUUUUUAAAGCAUUAGGAUUUUGUUCAUAUUAUAAAUAAUGGUGAAAGUGUAUUAUUUAAAAGGAACUCGUGGACAUUCAAAGAAGCUGAAUGUUGGAAGAUUCAGGACAGACAAAAGGAAGUACUUCUUUACUCAGUGCAUAGUUAAACUAUGGAAUUUGCUCCCACAAGAUGCAGUAAUGGCCACCAGCUUGGAUGGCUUUAAAAGAAGAUUAGACAAAUUCAUGGAGGACAGGGCUAUCAAUGGCUACUAGCCGUGAUGGCUGUGCUCUGCCACCCUAGUCAGAGGCAGCAUGCUUCUGAAAACCAGUUGCCGGAAGCCUCAGGAGGGGAGAGUGUUCUUGCACUCGGGUCCUGCUUGCGGGCUUCCCCCAGGCACCUGGUUGGCCACUGUGAGAACAGGAUGCUGGACUAGAUGGGCCACUGGCCUGAUCCAGCAGGCUCUUCUUAAGUUCUUAUGUUCUUAAACCCAAAUGGAUUGUAAAGGAAAGCGAUCAAAUAGUACAUGCUUUGACUUUGGUGGGACUUGGUUGUAUGGUCAAGUUGAAAGGAAACUGGCUUAUUUUGUAACAACCUUGGCAAAUGAAUUCAAGGUCAUAUUCUCAAUGCCUAAUGCUGUGAUAAAUAUACCAUCUCUUACCAUGACUUCCCAUGGCUUCACGCUGACUCAUUUUCUCAUAAGUCUUUAUACAAUUGGAAUUCCCUGAAGCUUCGCACAAGUGUUAUCCACUAAAAGAUAAGUGUCUGGCUUCUCUCCUGGAGGUGGAAGAUCAUCCUGAUAGCAUAUAUAGUCAUGUUCUCUUUUGUACACAAUAUACUUUUGUUGCCCAUCUCUUUGGGGUUUUGUGGGGAAAUUGACUUGGCAUAUGCAGCCAAGUUCUUGGUAGCAUCUUGCUACUGUUAAUAAUGCUUUUAUGCAAAAUUAUAUUUUACAGUUUUUCAGAAAGCAAUUAUAUUUUUGGACGAAGAAGCAAAACCUAACUGGUUGUUGUGUAGCACAUUUCAGUGAUAUGUGUGGAAAGAGCCUGGAUGACUUCUCUCUUAAAGUGAAGAGGCAUGCUUUGCUGUAGCCAGUAUUAUUAGAUAAAAAUCUUAAUGCUUUUUUAUUUAGUCUUGUCUUUCAUUCAUGCUCAGUGAAUUAAUUGACUCUACUUCCAUCUCAUGGGCAUGAUACAAAAGAUAUCUUUGUAUAGAUUGCAAAACAAUAUUUCUAUAUAUACAUGGCACAUAAUUCUACAUAUGCUUUUUCUUUUCAUAAUGCUUCUUAAUAUAAGUUCUCAAUGGGGUUCCAUAGAGAUAUAGAAGUGUCUCUUUCCAUUAUUUCCCAAAAGCAAAUUAACACAUAUAUACUGCACAUUACUUAUAUAUAUAUGUAUAUUUCAAAGCCCAUAAUUUCUUCUCUACAAGCAUAUCUGCCCAAGAAUCAAGGAGUUAAAAAUAUGGUUUCUCCCCACAAUAUUACUCUUUGGAUAUACGAUAUUGUAUGAGCAUUAAAUAUCUGACCACAGCUUCUCUCUUGAGUUUCACUUGCAGCUUGGGAUCUCUUUGGUUUGAAUGAGGCUUAAAAUAAAUUCAAGACUAUUCAGUGGUAAUGACCACAUCAUCUAAUUUGAAAUUUGUUCUAGCAAAAGUUUUGUUUAACAUUUCAGAAUAUCAGUUUUCAUUUUCUAAACAGAGCAAAUUCUCUAGCUUGCAGCUUUCUGGCUGUUGGGGUUGUAAUACAAGACUGGAGGUGUGUUGAUAGACUCUUCCAGAAAGACAGCCUGGGGCCCCUUGAACUAUUUGCCACUCCCAUAAUUACAGCCUUCCUUACUCUAAAUGCUUGCUGAACUCACUUCUUCCCUUCUGUAAUUCAAAUUAAACAAAGCAGCAAAUUUGCUAUCAUAAUGAUAAUUAAAAGUGAUUGAUUAAAGCAAGGGUGGAUACAGAUGUAACAUUUUCAGAGUAGUGGGGUUGCUUUGGCAGCACCCUUGCUGUAUUCAGUCCAAAUAUACCUUUAAGUUUUAGGGGCUGAUCGCUUGGGGUGGAGAAAACAGUUCUGUAUGUUUGCAACAAAAGCAAGCUCUGAACAGCCUGAUUGACUGGGGCCCAUGGAACACUUGGAAACAGUCUUCUCUUUCCCGUGGUGCUUUUUUUUUUUACUUUGGAAAAAACAGUUCCAAGGAAGAGAGAAAAAAACAUUAUGUACCUUUAAGAAUUAAUGAAAAGGCAGACAAUCCUCCUGGAGCAUGGGGUGAGGGACAAGAGAAGCAGAAUUGAUGGCUGACCUAUUUUUGCUGGGAUACACAGCUGUCAUUCAUAUACAAGGGUGAGAGAAUACUGGAAGCCUGCCACAGUGAACCAUUCAUUGACUCCUCUUUUUAUAGCACAUUUUUCAUCACCACUAUUUCCCCUCUCCGCUUUGUUCCAAGUCAUUUCCUUGCUUGCAGAUUCAGUUUUAAUCAAAUUUGUUUUUUAAGAAUAUCAGUAAUAUAUACAAAAGCCAUUUCUCUCAGUGUGGUUGUACGCUAGCAUAGCCUCAUGUAACAGGCUUGAGCUAGCCCAGGAAUUUUUUUUAAAAAACCUCUCCCCUUCCCCUUGGAACAUUUGUCCCACACACCUUCCUCAUGCCCCAUCACCAAUGGCUUCUACAGUUCCCCUAGAUUUCAGAAGUAUGUUUAUUAUAUGGUACAAGGACCUGCUGUUACCAGAACCAUAAACUACCUAGUCUAAACACCUUGGGUUCACUGGGCUAAUUUCUUUAGAGCCUGGACACUUUUGAAUCCAUUCAGUGCAGCACUUGGCUUGAGUUCCUGCUUUUUUAUUAACUAAACUAAGUUUGGACAAAGGAUAUAAUAUUUAUGCAAGAUUAGCUUUAUUAGAAAUUCAUGGAUUCCAAUCGUGCAAAGCAGUCAUACAUCACUUGCUGUGGAUUUUAUCUGGAUCAUUUUACACAGGGUGGCAUGGCUGCUGUCACAAAAAUGCUUCCCACUUCCACAUUGCAUUAGUUACAUGUUGAAGAACUUUGUCAUAUUGUUUGCCUAGAACACCGAGGUAAUGAUCACAGCGGUGGCCUACCCUCAUUGGAGAGACUGAUGGUAGUAUGGCAACAUGGUAGCCAAUUUCGGAAAAGUGGUUUUGUAGUAUCAUCCACAUUGCAGAGAUAAUGUGUAAAUUAAGCCUCAGUCAUGAAUAUCAUGCAUUUUCUUAUUUGAAACAUGAAUUUUUCAUUGAAUUACUUUUUCAAAAAUACUAUAUGAAACAUUUUUUAAAAGCUUAUAAGCAGAAUAUACACAUUAGUAACAAAUAGGCAAAAUAACACAUUUAAAAAUGAAUAUCAUAGAACUCACUUAAGAAAGGAAUAUAGACCCUAUCAGGCAGAAAUGCAAAAUAUAAUGUAUUUCUGCAAGUGUCUGAACUCAUAUGAUGUAGACUUUUCUUUAUUAAAUUUCCAGAUUGGAAAAUUGAGCUCUUCUGUACCCUGAGCCUCUUCCCUCUCCUGCAAGCUUCAGGAAAAUCUCAAGAAGACAUUGUAUGAUUUGCUUCCUUGUUAAAAUGCUUUUUAUUCACUGGAAAGCACUGCACCAAACUAUGUCACAGUCAUGUUCCCUACCAGAGCUCUGUAUAUAUGCCCGUUUUCAAGCAAACUUCUACCCUCCCAUUUUUCUAUAACUGAUGCUUCUCCCCCCCCCAAAGCUGGAUAUAACUGAAAAGGUCAAGAAAGUCUCUCACAGGGACUUGCUAAAACCAGGCUUUGUAGCAUGUAAGAAUUAGGAAAACUUGGCACUACACUACAAGGUCUUGGCAUGCAAUCACUACCUUUGCUGGAUGAAGGCCCAAUGUACUGAUAUACACUGAAGCAAAACCUACUUUUGUAGUUGUUUUAUUUUUAGAGAUAUUCUGCAACAGUUCUUCAACAGAAAAAAAGACAAGUUGGGGGAAAUCUUAGGUUCAGGUUUAUUAAAUUUAUAUGUCACUUCCCACUACAAACAGUCUUGAAGCAAUUUACAACCAGAGCAAAAUUAAAAGUAUAAUAAUACAUUAUGCUGCAGUAAUAGACAUUUUCCCAAGUUUAGAGUUCACAUAUAGUGGUUGUGGUUGUGGAAAGGUACCUUUGAAUUAUGUUCAGUGUUGCAUAGAUAAGUGAACAAAGACCACUCUCAGACUAUUAAUCCACACUUUCAUGAUUUAAUAAAUUUCCAUCAUGUUUAUCAGAAUAGUGCCAAUUCUGAUACUGGAAAAAAUCAUUUAUCUUUGUGGUAUGUGAGAAUUUGAGUGCAAUCUAUUAAAACAGGCAUUUUCUCAUUUACUUCAGUGGAAGGUGAAUUGCCACCAAUUCUUUGUUCAAGAGUUCUUGUUCUCCAACUAAAUUACCACUGAAUUACUUCCCUGUAAAAUAACUUUCACUGUCAAGGGUUUUUUUUUUUGUGGGAAAUCAUUGUGAAGAAAGAUAUAAGUAAUAUGUCUUAAGGGCAAUAGUUCAGUUCACUUUCAUUUUGUAUUUAUGAUUAUUCUGUUAGAAAAAAGACAAUGUUACCAAACCAUGUGCUACAUUUUGUGCAGUGUUUUGUUUAAAUUCUAACAGACAACUUAUAGCAAAAUUACCAUAGUAAAAGUUUAAUUGUCUUUUAAAUGAGCACAAUCCAGUAAAUAAUCAUUUUAAAGUUUGACUAACAAUGGCCUUGUUCACACAUCACUUUAACUAUAGUUUAAAGCGAACUAUGGUUUACUAUUAAUGUGCACUUCACUUGUUUCCUCCCCCUCCACUCCUUCCUUCAGUGUGGUGGUGAGGAAACAUGACAGAGGCUUGUAUGUAUUAUGUGUGAAGCAGUGCCCAUGGUUUGUUUCCUCCAAACCAACCACAAGCAGUAAAUCAGGAACAAACUUUGGCUGACCACUAGAACUAGUUCACACAUAAUACAAACCCAGCCUCUGACUUGUAUCCUCCUCAGUAUGCUGAAAGGAGGAGUGUGGAAAAACCUAAGCACACUUUUACUUUAAAUAAUUAUUUUAAAUUAUGGUUUAAUACAACAUCUGAUCCGGGCCAUUAAAAGCAGUGAAAUGGGACAAUAAUCAUCCCUAACUUGAGUCAGCAGGAAAGAAUUUAGGCAGCUGCCUUACAAUGAGUCAGAUCAUUAGACCAUGUAGUUCAGUAUCAACUGCUCUGCCUGGCAGCAGCUCUUCAUGGUUCCAGAGAAGGGCUUUCCCCAGACCUACCUGGAGAUGUUGGGACCCUUAGGAUCUUCUGCAUGUAAUUAAAGUGCUCUACAAUUGAGCAAUGCUCCUUUCCUUAAACUUUAUGGGAUCAUAGAGUUAGUCAUGAUUUACUAGAUUGUGCUCUGUGGCUGUAAUUGAAAGAAGUGGCAUUCAGGGUAGGGCAGAAUGCAUGUAGACCUGGAACCAUUGCUUCCUCUGCCUGUCUCCACUGCCAAAGAAACAAGCCGCUGUUCUAAACGUGUUGUCUUCUCUUUGCCAGCGGGAACUGUUGUGGGAGCAAACAAAAUGUGUCGCUCCAGUUACACACCAUUUUUUUCCGUGUCUUAUCACUUAUUUGAAUCAUGUGUUUGUGGUGCUACUAAAAAGCACGAUAACUGUGCCUCUUCAAAUGAAUGUUGUAGAGGAAUGUUCCAUUUGUAAGAAAAGAGGCCUCAAUAAAUUCACAGCAGUUAUUUUUUAAAGUCAUGUUUUUAAGCUUUCUGAUUAACCUUUACUAAAGUUUAAUUUGUUACAUUUGUCUCCCAGCCUUCUUCCAAGGAGCUUGGGGGGGGGCUACAUGGUUCCCCCCACGCCCCACAUGCACAUUUAAUCUCCACGACCACCACUCUGUAGGUUAGAAGGAGAGACAGUGAUCGGAACAGGGUCAUCCAGCGAGCUUUAUGACUGCAUGUGCAUUUGAACCCAAGUCUCCCCAGUCCAAACCGAAUAUUCUAUUAUACCACCCCAGCUUUCUACAGGAUCAGACGGGUUUUGACCCGAGAACCUUCUGGCCUGAAUACAGUUGAUAUCCCUGAUGGUGAGCUUCUGAAGACAUGAAUAAGAAUCAUUAAGGCUGCAAUACUAAACCUAUGGAAGCAAGCCCCACUGAACACAGUUCCACUUUUCUUCUACUUAAACAAUUACAGGAUUGUGCUGCAGGUCUCUGCUUCUCCUAUUGGGACUCAAACAUAAAAUCCACCCAUAAUUUUAAAAAAGUUAUUGCACAUGUAAUGUGAAGUAUUUGAAUAGAAGUUCAUACAGACAUUUGAGUGUAUUAAUCUGGAGUUUAACAGAGAUGAUGGUUUAUUUGCAGAUUAUAGUCUGUAUAUUUUAUACUUUUACCAUCAAUUUAGAAUGGUUCCUCCUAAUCAGCUUUUAACUGACCUUUCCACCUUGCUUUCCCCAGUUCCAACUUGGCAACUGAAGAAGUAGGCUGCCGCAUAUGACUGUUCCUGCCUUUUUGUAUAAAGCUUAUUAAAAGUUUUAUGCCAUCAUUUAAGUUUCUUCUUUAAAAAAUUUCCCUGAACAAAAGAUGCCAUUGCUUCUUCGUUGACCUUAUGAAGUGUCAAGCAUUGCUUUCUAGCCCUCCAGAAUGCUUAGUAAUUACUGCUAUGGAUACAAUUGUAUAUGACGGAUAUAAAACAUUUCUUGUGGCCUUCUGUUCUAGCGAAGAAUUGUCCUUCUUUGGAACCAAAUAAAAAUGUGUUUUA